UCACCACAUGUGAUUGAAUGUGCAAUUAUGUAACAAAAAAUUACUCUGAAACAUAAAGAAGAAUGACUACAAUAGUGCGUCCCAAGGACGAAUGUUAAUUUCUGUGAAAGGCUCCGCCUCGCUCCUCGGUGACGGAGGUGGAAAUUUCUGCCGCUUCCUCCGCUGCCUCCCUUUCCGGUCACUAUCCUGCGUCUUUCGGGGCAUUUCCACUGGCGACAGAUGAGACGUGACAGCUGGACGACCGAGAUUGUCUUCCAGCAGCCUACUCGUUACUAUGAGUCUACUACACAGCAACCCCAGCUUUGAGAUCAGUGAUCAAGACAGUGGCUGCUGUGCGGCCAUGGCCAGUGCCUGCAGCGCUGGAACCAAAGAGGAGAGUGUUGGCACCAGUGUCAGCAAUGGCACCAGCGGGACCCUUUCAAACUCUUUCAUGGAGGAUAUCCAGGGCUAUGAUGUGGAGUUUGACCCGCCACUGGAAAGUAAAUAUGAAUGUCCUAUCUGCUUAAUGGCUCUGCGGGAAGCCGUGCAGACACCUUGCGGACAUCGUUUCUGCAAAGCUUGCAUUGUCAAAUCAAUAAGAGAUGCUGGUCAUAAGUGUCCUAUAGACAAUGAAAUUCUAUUAGAAAAGCAACUCUUCCCUGACAAUUUUGCAAAACGGGAAAUCCUGUCACUGACCGUGAAAUGUCCCAACGGAGGCUGUACUCAGAAGAUGGAGCUGCGGCAUCUGGAGGACCACCAGCUGCACUGUGGCUUUGCUUUGGAGAAGUGUCCGCAGUGCCAAGCUGAUUUCCAUAAGAACCAGCUCCAAGAACACAUAGAACACACGUGUCCAUGGCGCCAGGUCUCCUGUCCAAAUUGUGCCUUGUGUAUGCCUUAUGAAGAAAAAGAGCUCCAUGACCAGUCAUGCCUCCUGGCGAAUGUCUUCUGUGAAUACUGCAAUACAGAGCUAAUCAGAGGACAGCUGCCUAAUCACUAUGAUAAUGAUUGCCCCACUGCUCCAGUACCGUGUACUUACAGUGACUUUGGAUGUCCAGAAAGGAUGCAGAGGAAUGAGUUGGCACGCCAUAUGCAAGAGUACACUCAAGUUCAUAUGAGAAUGAUGGCUCAGCAUUUCCGGAGCAUCAGAGUUGCUACCCCAACUUGUGUGCCUUGUGACCCCUCUCACUUUCCCUCCUCAUGCGAAUGUAGCCCAGAAGUCCAGAACUUCAAGGAAACCAUUCAGCACCUGGAGGGGCGCUUGGUAAAGCAAGACCACCAGAUCCGAGAACUGACUGCAAAGAUGGAGACACAGAACACCCACAUGGGGGAUCUCAAACGCGUUGUCCGGAACCUAGAGGAGAAAUUAGCUGAAGUGGAAGCCCAGCAAUGUAAUGGCAUUUUCAUCUGGAAGAUUGAGAACUUCAGUAUUUACCUGAAAGCCCAGGAAGAAGAGAAGCCUGUUGUGAUCCACAGCACUGGCUUCUACACGGGGAAGCCUGGCUACAAACUUUGUUUGCGCCUGCAUAUCCAGUUGCCAACUGCUCAACGUUGUGCUAACUAUAUUUCCCUUUUCGUUCACAUGAUGCAAGGGGACUAUGACAGUCAUCUGCCAUGGCCAUUCCAGGGCACCAUUCGACUCUCUAUCCUAGAUCAGUCAGAAGGACCUUUGAGACACAACCACGAAGAAAUCAUGGAUACCAAGCCUGAGCUGUUAGCCUUCCAGCGGCCAGUAACCCACCGCAGCCCAAAAGGCUUUGGAUAUGUGACCUUCAUGCAGUUGCAAGCACUAAAACAAAGAACCUAUAUAAAAGGAGAUACUCUCUUGAUACGCUGUGAGGUUGUAACACGCUUGGACCUGUCCAGUCUCCGAAGAGAGGGCUUCCAGCCUCGUAGCACUGAUGGGUCAACAUAGUCCCCUGUGCCUUCAGAACUGAGCUCUUGCUAUUUGUUCAUUUGCAGUUCUCAUGAGAAUCACAGACCUUUGAGAGCAGAACCAAAACUGCCAUUCGAAGCCGACAGCAUGCUUUUCAGGACAUGGAAAGUGUUUCCUCUAAUUCCUUUUGUUUCCUACAUGGUUGCAAGUGUACCCUGUUGGUCUAAGCUAAAAAUAACUGAUGACUAUGUUACUAAAAACUAGCGGGGAUUAAAGCAGUACCAUUUCCAGUCAAAUUAUUUUAUUUGCUGGUAGCAAGACCUAUGGCACUGGAAACUACUACCUCAGUUUGUGCAGCCUGGAGAAGCUGAAUGGUACUAAGUGCCUAAGCUGGCAGUGUGUUCAGGGCUUGUAGAAGGGACUACAUUUUGAACCAGAACAGCUUAUUAAAUAAACCUUGAGAGUGUCACAGCAGGAAGGGAGCACAUGCAAAAACAAGUUAUAAACUAUGCUGAAUUUUGACUUUGCCGUAGGCUGCAGUUCAUCAUUUUUUCUGAGGGAAUUAAGUACAGAAUCCAUUCUAAAUUGCUGCUAGGAUGAUCGUAUAUGUUGAAGCUUUUGAUAGAUCUAUAAGCUUGUGGCAGAACUGUUCCAGAGAAGCUUAAUGACGUGAUCUGCUCAACAUGUUGCUUCAUUGCAAUGAUAACUGAUAAAUCUGCAGGUAUUCUCGUCUUCUUAUCUUUCCAUGUGGCUGUGGUGUUUGUACUGUUUUACCUUAUAUCUGGCCCAAUUGUGUUUUGUACUUGCAGUGGUGGUUUUCAAUGGUAUCAGAAAAUUCUGCAAGUGUUCAAAAUGUAUCAAUUUAUAUUUGAAAGCAUCACUAGUUUGAUGUUGGAGACAAAUGGGGAUGCAACUUCCCUGGAUACUGAAUUCUCCCUUCUAGUUGAGUCUUGUUGGACACGUAGCUGAAGUGUUUUCAGUUUGCUUCCCCUGGCAUAUGAAAAGUUUUUUUUUUGUUCUCAAGUGGAUGGCUGUCCACAACCAUAAACUUAGCAGACUUAACUAAUUGGGGUCAAGGGUUUUUCAUUUGAGUCUGUCUUGUCCUAAAUAUUAAUGUUAUGGUGUAAAGAAGCUUUUCCUCCCAUAGUUCUGAGCUUUCCACAGAUUAGUGUGGAAAGAUGCUAAACUGGUACCCAGCAGUAUUCCCUCUAAGGCGUGUGCAUGUGUGCGCACACAAGUUUUUGGAUGUCUGCUCAGUUAAUUUUGGAUCCCACUCAGGUUGAAUCAGGAAGGCCCCACUCUGACUUCACAUGCACACACACUGCCUUGAUCCUGCCACCUAGAACAAAACUCAUUUUGCAUACAGAUGGAAAAAAAGAGAGAGAGAACACUGGUAUACGGUCCCCUAGUCAGUGCUAGUUGCCAUGUGCAUCAUCUUGGAUAAACAUGUUGUAAUCUUGCAUUACAACCUUUUUGUUGUGUUGUAAUGUAAUGUAAAAAUGUAAUAUGUUUUUUAUACACUGAUCAAAAUUCAUUGGUGCCAGAUUGUAGCUAACUGAAGUACUAGCACAAUAUCUACAUGACAUUAAUGAACAGUCAUGUUCAUGGAUAAUGCAGAACAGGGGCAUAGCUAGGGGAUUGGGCCCUCAGAGUGAGGGAUAUAAUGAAGAAAAUAUGGACGGGUGGAGCUAGGUGGGGGUCCUCAGGAGAGAGGGUCUGGGUUCUUUGAACCCAUCCACUCAAUUAUAGCUAUACCCCUGAUGCAGAAUGAGGGAUAAUUGUUUUCCAUCUAGGCGGGUAAAUGGGUCAUCAUUAUGUUUUGUGCGAGUUACAGUAAAGCCAUUAUUUCUCAAAAGAGGUAUUGGAGAGGCCAGUUAACAGCCGAAAAGCCUUCAGCAGUGUUACAAAUGACUAUAUUGCAGCAUCAGUACUAAGUUGUUUUAUUAUUUAUUUACUCAAUUCAUAUGCUGCCUUUCCUAAAAUGGCUUAAGGCAGUUUACACUAAAAUAAAAAAUACAUAUUAAUUAAAAUAAAAAACCAAUUAAAAGCAGAUUAAAAUUAGAUAUCAUUAAAAGCCAGACGAUGGGCCUUUAAGGCUCUCCUGAAGGCCUCCUGAAGUUGUGACACUUGCCUUGGCAAUCAGCCCUUCAAAACUAUUCAAUGCAUUAUGCUCUCAUAUCAAAUUGAGCACAGAGGAUUUUCUAAGCAUCCGAAGGAUAGGAAAACACUGACACAUUUUGGGGUGUCCUGUCCAAAGCACUGUGAGAGGGGACAAUUCUUUAAACACAUCUCAACAUGAGGAUUCUGUAUAAUUUGGAAUCUUUCUGGUUUUGAUAGAAUACAUGAAGCCUAGUCUCUCUCAAGGCUUCCUAAACUUGGCAGUGAAAUGAAACAUUCUUAAGCAUAACAGUGGGAUAUACUUACUGCUCUAUGUGCACAUGCACAUGCGUGCACAUUAAAAUGAAUGAAGCAACUUCAGAUUAAUUCUUGACUGUUCAGGAUUUCAGAUCUGCUCCUUUUAUCUCCCUCUACCUGUGUAUGCCUUUUCAUUUGCUGCUCUCUGAUCUCUAUUGCAGAACUUUAGGACACAGUUCUUUGGGAACAAAGAAUUUCCAUUCAUUUGAAUCACUUCAAAGAGCCACCUACCUAUUGAGAGUACAAAUGUUUAUGAAGUAUCAGCUUAAGGAAUUAAGAGGUUUAUGAACUAGGAAUUGAGAAGUCCUGUCUCGUUUGAUGAACAGGAAUAAUGUUUGUGUCCUGGUCUUCCUCCUUUAUGUCAUGUCAGUACAUGUAUUUUGCUUAUGAUUAAGCUCAUCUUGGUUGUGAAGUUCAUCUACCCUUUUGUAGAAGGCUAAAUGCUGCAUUAAAUUGGGAUGGUGUUUAAAGUAGCAUAAAUGAAGAAGAAAUUGUGGCAUACUGGUGGCAUAAAAUGCUACCGUAUUUACCUGAAUAGAAGACUGAAUAGAAGACUUGGUGUUGUCUUAAGUUCAGACAACCCUCUUUUAAAAAUACAGGUUAUGCCUGUAUUUACCCCAAGGGAAGAGGACUCUGAAUUUAAGGUGACCCCCCAUUUCAGACAUCAAAGAACUUGUAAAAAAGCUAGUCUUGGAUUCAGAUAAAUACAGUAUAUCCUAUCAGAGUAUUGCUGAUACUGCUUUUGGGUGCUACUCAUUUUUACAUUUGUAUUGCAUUUUUAUAAUAGAUUUUACUGAAUAAGUAUUUUCACAGAAAAGGUUGCCAAGUUUCCUCUUUCCCAGCUGUUUAUUUGUCAGAGCCUUUGGCUUUGGACAGUAUUUUUUUAAUUAAUUAAACUAAAUGUUUAAGAAAUGAUUUCGUAUGUAGUUAAUUUAAAGUUGAAUUUGUAGGAAGAAUACAGGUGAGUCUUCCUGUAGACUUUGGCUUUUCCUACUGCACAGCUUUUGGUGCCAUUUCAGAUGUUUGGACUUGCUGGUCUAUCUAAUAAUUAAAUCACUUUUUAAAAGUUAGCUGUUGUUUUUGAUGAGCAAAAUUGUUCAGUGAAAAAGCUCCGCUGUUGCAACUUAAUUUAGAAAAAAACAAUACCCUGAGAAAUACUUAAUAAAAUUUCUUGUGCCACCAUGUU